AUGCACCUAGAUCUCAGCAAAAACAGCAUUGAAGAUCUUCCUGAUAAGCUGUGCAACAUUACCUCACUUAAAUGGCUUUCAUUGCAACAAAAUAAGUUAUCCAGCUUACCAGAGAGGAUCGGCAAUUUAUUUUCUUUGGAAUAUCUUGAUGCAUACGGUAGGGAUGAAAACUUAAUAUCACCAGUGGUGAUUGCUCUGGAGGAGUUGCAGCAUGGUGUUGUCAAGCUGCAAUGCGGGUAUGACCUGUUUAUCAUAAACCCUCCUGAUGGAUUUACAUACAAUGGAGACAUAAUCAAAAUGGACCUAAGUGGACUUGGUGAUGACCAGAUACUAAAUCUAGGUGUCAUCUCCACCUUACAGGAGCUAAGUGUUGCCUUUUAUGACCUUGAUCCCAAAUCCUAUGAAAUAGAAUUACCUGGAAAUCUGAUGAGAAUGAAUAUCAGUUGCAAUAAGUAUUACAACAUUAGCCAAGACUUUCCAAAAUUUGUCUGUCAACAAACUGCUCUUCAGGAACUGAACAUUUCUAACUGCAACCUAGUUAAUGUGUCAGAGGAGAUUGGACUGAUGGUAAAUUUGACCCACCUUGAUCUAAGCAGAAACAAAAUUGAAGACCUACCAGAUGAACUAUGCAACAUUACCUCACUUAGAUGUCUGUCAUUACAAGACAACAAGUUAUCUAACUUACCAGUGAGGAUUAGCAAUCUUCUAUCAUUGGAAUACCUUGAUGUGUCAUUCAACAGACUUGAUCAAUACAAAGCAAAUGCAAUACAAAGUCUUCCAGAUGAUAUUGGCAGAAUGAAAGAGCUUAAAUACAUAAACCUUUCUAGUAACAGUCUUAACAGUUUACCACAGUCCAUUGGCUAUCUUCAAGAACUUGAAGAGUUGAUUCUUGAACAUAACCAAAUUGAACAGCUACCAGAUAGUAUAGGAACAUUGAAGAAGCUUUCUAAACUAAGACUCUCUGCAAACUGCUUAAAAGCAGUUCCAAAAUCACUAUGUAACCUGCUUUGUUUGAAAGAAAUUUACCUAUCUUGCAAUAGUCUUGUAAGUAUUCCCUCAUCCAUAUGUAGGCUUAAAUACUUGCAAACACUUGACAUAUCUGAAAACAGUUUAACAGAGCUACCAGAAAAAAUUGGGGACCUUUUAAGCUUGAUUGUUCUUAAUCUACGUAGUAACCAACUUAAGGAACUUCCCAGUUCUUUUACAAGACUGGUAAACUUAACCUCACUUAACAUUUCAUCAAAUUACCUGAAAGCAAUACCAGAGGAAAUGUUUGAGUUUGGGAACCUGACUGAGUUCAACAUUGCUGGUAAUAAAAUUGAGACUCUACCAAACACCAUUUGUGAGCUGCAAAAUCUAGAGUAUCUGAGCCUCGAGGAGAACAAUAUCACAGCAUUGCCAACACAGUUUGGUAAACUCCACAAACUUUGUCAGUUUGGAAAGGAACAGAUAUAUGGCAAUCCUAUAGAACAGCCCCCAAUUGAAGUGUUUGAACAAGGGAUGGAGGGAAUUGUUGCAUAUUUUGAAGAGCUGAAUCUAUCCAAAGCUAUUGAAGUACCACGUGUCAAGGCCCUUCUGCUUGGUGAGGUAGCAGCUGGUAAAACCAGCUUAUGCAAUGCCAUCAGACUGGGAAAAUCAAAUUUGACAGAUAUCACAGAUAGAACAGCAGGAAUAGAAGUUCAUCCGACUCGGCUACAAGAUAGUAUACAGGUUCUGAUGCAUGAUUUUGGUGGUCAUAAGAUCUACCAUUUAACCCAUCAGUUCUUCUUUAGCAAGGCUGCACUGUACCUUAUAGUUGUGGAUCUAGAGGCUUUCAUAUCAUCAUCAUUUGAUGCUGCUGUUAAAUAUUGGUUGAAUGUGAUAAAAACUCGUCUUGACUCCAAACCAGUACUCAGAAUUGUUGCUACACACAUAGACAGGUGUGAGCCAGAAGAGAUAGAGAGGAAAGCAGAAUUGAUAAUGCAGAAAACCAAGCAGAUUGAAAUUGCUGAGGUAGAGAGUCUCAAGAAAUAUUUGUCAGAGAUAGAUGAUGUUUUAAACUAGAAGCUGGCAAGCCGCUUGGAC